UUUACAGCUAAAUAGCAAACCCUGCAGUGACCACAAGGGCUAUAUGUCGGCGCCAGUGGGUAGUGCUGUGCGCUUUCUUCCCCAUACACUAACUAGAAGUGAAAAUCAGCCUAGGAACCAAGAUUUGGCGUCCUAGUUCCCGGGCGGAAGACUCUACAGAUUACACCAGCUCUCUCUGUGGGCUCGCGGUUACCCUAGCAACAAAACUUUUCCUGUCCCCCAUAAUGACUAUAGCGGGGCGGUAAGUGACGAGUCCCGGCCGCCGGUCAGUAUGUCGCUGGGCACCUCCCUGGAAGAUUUCCGCGAUCGCUGGAGGGCAGAGAUCCGAGAAAGAAUCUCCGUUCCGGUGCCACAAAAGCGCCGACGGUCUGCCCCCAACCCGGAGCCCGAGCUGCCCUGCGAGGAGGACGUGGCCUGGAGAUGCCUCCCGGGGUCGCCGCGUCCGGACACGGAUGGAGCGGAGAAUCGGUACCUAGAGCUGGCGGAGAGCCUGCUGCAGGAGAGGCCGGCGGCCGUGUCAGCACUGGGGCCGGGAUCUCCUCAGGGGGCGCUCACCCUGGUGGAGCAGCUCAUCAGUGACCUGAAUGAAAUAAAUGAGAUACCGUUCUUUGAUAUCCAGCUGCCAUAUGAAAUUGCCCUACAAAUCUUUCAGUACUUGGACAGGAAAGAGCUGGGCAGAUGUGCACAGGUGAGCAAGGCUUGGAGAGCUCUUGCUGAAGAUGAGAUGUUGUGGUACCGUAUGUGCCAACUGGAGGGGUACUUGACUGACAGACAAGUUACAGCAUGCUCGUCUUGGAAGGAAGCUCUGAGAGAAAGACGCACUCGGGAGAGCAUGCUGAGGACAAACUGGAAGAACCGAACUGGAGCUGUUAGCCAACUGCAGUAUGAACUUGGGAAGGUGCUCUGCGAUGUCCAUGCCUAUGAUGGUGUUGUCCUCGCUGGAUACACCUCUGGAGAUGUUCGUCUGUGGGAUACGAGAACCUCAAGCCUUGCUGAAUCUUUUCUUAAAUCCUCCCAUGCUGCUCAUGAUUCUAGACUGAGCCACCAUGUAUCAUUCGUACGAAUAAGCAAGUCUUUGGCUGUGGCAGCCUAUGACAAUGGUACCAUUGAUGUUUGGAGUCUCCUGGUUGGACGGGAACCUAUCCAUCAUUAUCAGCACAACCAAAAGAUCCAAGCGCUUGCUCUGUGCCCAGAAACAGCUGCUAUAGCAACGGCUUCUAGUUUUCAAAUUAGAGUGGAGAGUCCUGAUGAUAAAGGCUACUGGAGAACUAGCUGUAAUUUCCAGACCCAGAAACUGGUAAAUUUUCUCCAUGUGAUUCAUGACUCUGAAGGAUCUCCUGUCACUGUUGCAGCUGCUGAGGAGAUGGUUUACCUCCUAAAGCAAAAUGUUCCGGAGAAAGUUCUGCACUCUACAUAUGGUCACCCUGUUACCUGCUUGGAUGUUUCAACGCAUCAGGCAGCAUUUGGAGUGAAAAGUUAUGGCUGGGUCACCCAUAGUGGCAAUAAGAUUCAUGUAUACAACCUUCAGACUGGUCAGUGCCUCACAACCUUGGGUAACUCUACCGGAGACUUCACAUGCAUCAAUCUGAAAGACAGCCCUCCUCAUCUUUUGGUCACUGGAAACAGGGACAGAAGGGUACGUGUUUACGACCUGCGUUGUAGCAAAUCUCUCUGUUCUUUCUAUGCCCAUCAACUGGGAGUCUCGGCAGUGCAAAUGGAUGACUGGAAGGUGGUUUCUGGAGGAGAGGAGGGUUUAACCUGCACGUGGGAUCAAAGAAUGGAUACGAAGCUAUGGGAAAUGCAUGCAAGACACCCAGUCCGUUACAUUUGGUUUAACUCCCAGAGUCUGAUCACUGCAAACAUUCCUGAUGAGAAGUCUCCACGUGGAGCCAGCAUCAUGGAUGAUGACCUCACUGCUCACAGAAGACAUCGAGGCACCAUUAAUGUAUAUGAAUUCUCAGUGGAUCAGACAUCUGUGGAAAGCAUCCUUCCCAUUUGUCGCUCAUCUUAUAGGGAAGUGACUGGAUACAAUUACAACAUUGGCCUGGCAGUGCCCUAUGACAAUGUGUGAAGCCAGCGUCUUUCUAAAGAACGAAAUGAACAGUUAUUUUCUUUCUCAGGUGCAAUUUUGCAAAUGACUCUUGGAGAGAUUCUGCAACACCAUUAUUGUGCAGAAUUUGCUAUUUUUUUCUGGUUUAUUUAGUCCGAUUUUAUUGUAUAUUUUGGUUCAUUUUACAAGCAUAAAGGGUAUAGUAACCAUCUAAGGAAAAUGCAGAAGAAUCCUGGUUUUAUGUAUGUAAAUAAGCUUCAGGUUUAUAUACUGUUGAAUAUUUAGUGCUGAAUAUUCUGUAUCAGAGUGCACAUAAUUUUACCACCGCUGUACAUGGUUUGGCCUGGUCAUAGAGAAUACUGCAUUGUUUUCUAUGGCCACUUGACCAGUCUUUAUUUUAAUCAUGGACUUUGUAUGUGUAAAUUUUGUAAACUGACAUAUGUAUGUAAAUGUUGUAAAAUAGACUGAUGUAUCCUACA